GCAGUGCUGGAGGCUGGGAGAGGCAGACCAGCUCAGUCCUGAGCAGCAGCCCCAACGCAGCCGCUGACAAGACACACAAUGAGGCCCCUCACGCUCCUCGCCCUACUGGCCCUGGCCAUGCUCUGCCUCGCUGGCCGGGCAGAUGCGAAGCCCAGUGGUGCAGAGUCUGGCAAAGGUGCAGCCUUCGUGUCCAAGCAGGAGGGCAGUGAGAUGGUGAAGAGACUCAGACGCUACCUGGAUCACGGGCUGGGAGCCCCAGCCCCCUACGUAGAUCCCUUGGAACCCAAGAGGGAGGUGUGUGAGCUCAACCCGGACUGUGAUGAGCUGGCUGACCAAAUGGGCUUCCAGGAGGCCUACCGGCGCUUCUACGGCACAACCUAGAGCUCGCAGCCCUGCUGGCCUGGCUGGCAGCCCCCAGUGCUGGCUCCUCUCCAGGACCCCUUCCCCUCCCCUCGCCCGGACCUCCCUGCCCUGCAAGUGAGGUCCCCAUCAUCCCAGCUGCUCCAGAAUAAACUCCA